CUUCUUCUCCCUCGCGGCCGCACCGCCGCGCCCAUUGAAAUUGAAAACUUGCAGACAAUUGCUCUGCGGCGCCUCAGUUUCUCUUCAUCUUUCUUCUUCUCCAUCUUCUUCACCAUCUUCCAAUGGCCAAAUUUCGAUCUUUCAGUCUCAGCUCGCUUCUUUUCAUCCCAAGACGCCUCUUCAGCACUUCGAAGGCUUCCUCGCCCUCACACCCCUUCACGGUCGACUACCUCGUGAGCAAAUGCGGCAUGCCGUUGGAAUCGGCCAUCUCCGCCGCAAAAGGGGUCCAAAUCCGAGAAACCGCCACCAAGAAUCCCGACGCCGUCGUCAGCUUCCUGAAAUCUUACGGCUUCGACGACACCCACCUGACCUCUUUAAUCUCCCGCCGACCCAGGCUCCUCUUCAGCCGGCCACAGACUAGCCUGAAGCCCAAGUUGGACUUCUUCAUCGAGAACGGGUUCCGCGGCUCGCUCCUUCACGAGCUCAUCGUCAGGAACCCUGGCGUCCUGAAGCGGAGCGUGAAGACCCAUCUUGAGCCCGUCUUCAACUUACUCCGAAGGUACAUCCUGACCUUUGAGGAGCUCCACACUGCGAUCAGACGCUUCGGGUGGCUUUUAACUUCGCAGCACGAUGCUGCCCUGAGGCCGAAUAUCGAGUAUCUAUUGCGCAAGGGGGUGACCCCUGAUCGGGUCUCCAAGUUCAUAGUGUAUCAGCCCAGGGCCGCUGUUCAGAGCCACAAGAGAUUGGUUAAUGCAGUGGAAUCGGUUAAGCGAAUCGGGAUUGAGCCAAAGGCCCCGCUGUUCAUCCACGCGCUUCGAGUUAUGCUCAGCAUGACUGAGACGAAUUGGAACCAUAAAGUCGAGAUCUUCAAGAGCCUGGGGUGGUCUGAGGAGGAUGUCCAUUCAACGUUUAGGAAGGACCCGUCUUGCCUCGGUGCAUCCGAGGAGAAACUUCGGGCAUUGAUGGACUUCUACUUGAACACCGCGAAGGUCGACUGGGAGAUGAUCAUCAAGUACCCGAAGUUUCUCACUUAUGGGCUGGACACUAGGCUUCGCCGGAGGCACAGGGUUCUUGAGACCCUGAUAUCAAAAGGUUUGCUUAAGAGGGAUAAGUCGAAUGGCUGGAUAUAUACUGUGUCUGAGAAGUGUUUCUUGAGUAGGUAUGUUGUUAAGAACUUGGACGUAGUCCCUGCCUUAAUGGAGAUGUAUCAAGGUUCCUCUGAUAAAGAGAAGGGGGCGAAGAAAAAGAAGAAGCAGGAAGAGAAGGUUGUUUGAUUCGCGUGGAGUUAGCUUUGUACUAGAAGUCUUCCCGUAGCUGUGACUGCGGUGUUCUUUGGGAUAGAUAGGGCAUUCGGUUUGCUGACACUGGAUUUAGUUUCAUUGGUUUUCUUAAAAUCUAAGCAUGAGGAGAAAGAUACCAUCAGUGGGUCAAAAUUGAGUCAUUGUUUUGAUGCUCGAGUUUGAAGAUGUUGCAAUCUUGUCGUGCCACUGGAUGCUGGAGAGAGCUUUUCCUGUUAAAUUCUCUUUUUCCAUGAAGUCUCACAUGGCUAUUAUUUGUACAAAGGUUUGAACAUCACAUAAAGACUGAUUUUCAACUAAGUCAGAAGGAUCCUGUGGAAGAUAAGGGACAUUCAAAAUAA